GAGAUACAAGUGUUAUUCACCAGAGCUUGAAAGAAAGGCAUGAGCUUCUUCACAAGGUUGUGAGGCCCAUAAAGGGCCGCUUGGAAAUUUUAGUUCCUAACGGUGGUCUUAAUGCUCAUCGACCUUCUGGGGAACCAUGUUGGUCACUUAUUGCUCGCAGUGUUGAUGACGUUGAGAGAUUUUUCAAAGAGACAAUAGAGAACAGAGAUGAGGGGAUUGUAUUGAAAGACUUUGGCUCUAAAUGGGAACCGAGUGAUAGGAGUGGAAAGUGGCUAAAGUUGAAGCCUGAGUACAUACGUGCUGGAUCUGAUUUAGAUGCUCUCAUCAUAGGAGGCUACUACGGCUCUGGACGUCGGGGAGGAGAGGUGGCUCAAUUUCUAUUGGGCCUCGCCGAGUGUUCAGCCCAAAUACAUAUCCCAGGCGGUUCAUUUCUUUUUGCAGAGUGGGAACUGGACUUUCUGAUGAGGAGCUUGAUUCUGUUGUAA